AGACACAGAGACCAUGACCUUGGUCUGAGGUUGUGACUUUGUUUCUAACACUGAUCUUUGGACACAAGGGGAAAGGAAGGAUUAAUAGUUAAUCCCCAGCAGGAACCCAACAAAGGAACUCUCGAAGUACUUACCCUUCUAUUGCAUCCUACUAGAAAAAGAAGAAAUUUAUUAUUUGAGCUCCUCCCAUGGGCAGGCCCCAGGUCAUGUGCUUUUUUUUACCUGGACCACCUCAUUUUAUGCUUACAGUAACCUUGUGACAUAGGGACUUUUGCCCCCAUUUUUCAAAGGAGGAAACUGCAGCUUAAAAUAUUGGGGUCACUUGCCUGAACUACACAGCUAGUAAAUGAUGAAGGGAGGAUUUCAAUCUGGUUUUUCCCUAUGUGGCAAUGCCUGGCAUUCCUUAAGGGCUGAAUAACUUUAUUUUGCCUCCUUUCUGCCUACAUGCUAAUUCAAGCAGGUGUAGGGAAGAGCUGACUUUUGGGGGCCUGGCACCAGGGUUGCCUGGAGGGCCCACAGCAACAUGGUUGUCACAGGUGCCAACCCCAUCAGAAUGUUAAUCACAUGCAUUCAGCACAUUCAAGUUGACCAGAUUCUUUCACACACCUUAUCUCAUGGGCUAAGGGAACUGAGGGCACUGAUACCUGAAGAUGUAUCUGCCUCCUGCCCGACCUUUAGGCUGCAGGGAAAGGGGUUAGAAGAGAGCCAUGCCAGGUGAUAAGCCUCAGAGGCAAAGUCCCCCUUCCCCCCCACGAACACAGGUUCAUGGCCACCAUUCCUGUGGGAGGGAUAGCACGCUUGGAGUGGGCAUCUAGGCAGUCGUUGGGUUGUUGGGAAGAUUGCAGCCACCACUGUUGACAGCCAGCAGAGCAGAGCCUGGGCUGGGAAGUGCUAUCCUCUGUAUCGAUUAACUUAUCAUGCUCCUGGAGGCCCCCUCCUCCUGAAAGGACUUUAGUCUUUGAUGCUGUCAGAUGAGCUGAGUGUGAUAAGAGCUUGGCAGCCUGGGAAGGAAGGGAGAGAACACGCACCACACCAGGGCCUCCUGCUGCCCAGUCAAGACUCACAUCAUGGAGCCAAGGGCAGCCCAACUGCGGAAGAGAGAAGGGCUGAGAGGAGAGCAGAACCCGUUCCCCAGAGAAGAAGUGUCAUCUGGGAGUGCAGAAAGCCCAGGAAACACUGAGGUGCCCAGAAGCCCGGAUUUGGUGCAAUGGACCCGACACAUGGAGGCUGUGAAGACACAGUUGCUGGCGCAAGCCCAGGGACAGCUGCUGGAACUGUUGGAUCGGGCCAUAUGGGAGGCCAUGCAGUCCCACCCACCACCAGGUGGACCUCCACCCUCUACUCCUCCAGAUUCCUUGAGCAAGACCUGGAAGCCAUCCCUGGGGAAAUGGAAAGUUUUCAUCAACAGAAAGUCCCUGCUUGAUGAGCUGAUGGAGGUGCAGCAUUUCCGCACAAUCUACCACAUGUUCAUCGCUGGCCUGUGUGUCUUCAUCAUCAGCACCCUGACCAUUGACUUCAUUGAUGAGGGCAGGCUGAUGCUGGAGUUUGACCUACUGAUCUUCAGCUUCGGACAGCUGCCCCUGGCGCUGGUGACCUGGGUCCCCAUGUUCCUGUCCACUCUGCUGGCGCCCUACCAGGCCCUGCGGCUGUGGGCGAGGCCCCGAGCCUCAGCGGCCUGGAUGCUCGGGGUGGGCCUUGGCUGCGCGCUGCUGGCUGCCCACACUGCUGUGCUCGGCCUCCUCCCGUUGCACGUAGCUGUGGAGUAUCAGCUCCCGCCAGCGUCGCGCUGCAUCCUGGUCUUUGAGCAGGUCAGGCUCCUGAUGAAAAGCUACUCCUUCCUGAGAGAGUCUGUGACUGGGACCCUUUGUGCCACAGGAGGUGAGUGCAUCCGGGCUCCCAGCUUCUUCAGCUACCUCUAUUUCCUCUUCUGCCCCACACUCAUCUAUAGGGAGACUUACCCCAGGACACCCAACGUCAGGUGGAAUUAUGUGGCCAAGAACUUUGCCCAGGCCCUCGGCUGCGUACUGUAUGCCUGUUUCAUCCUGGGUCGCCUUUGUGUUCCUGUAUUUGCCAACAUGAGCCAGGAGCCCUUCAGCACCCGGGCCCUGAUGCUCUCCAUCAUGCAUGCCACGCUGCCAGGCAUCUUCCUGCUGCUGCUUAUCUUCUUCGCCUUCCUCCACUGCUGGCUCAAUGCCUUCGCAGAGAUGCUGCGAUUUGGAGACAGGAUGUUUUACCGGGACUGGUGGAACUCGACAUCCUUCUCCAACUACUACCGCACCUGGAACGUGGUGGUCCAUGACUGGCUGUAUAGCUAUGUAUAUCAGGAUGGAAUGUGGCUCCUGGGUGGCCGGGCCCGAGGGGCAGCCAUGCUGAGCGUGUUCUUGGUCUCUGCAAUGGUCCAUGAGUACAUUUUCUGCUUUGUUCUGGGAUUCCUCUACCCCGUCAUGCUGAUACUCUUCUUCGUCAUUGGAGGGCUGCUGAACUUCAUGAUGCAUGACCGGCACACGGGCCCAGUAUGGAACGUGCUAAUGUGGACCCUGCUCUUUCUGGGCCAGGGCAUCCAAGUCAGCCUGUACUGCCAGGAGUGGUAUGCACGGCAGCACUGCCCCCUACCCCAGACAACCUUCUGGAGCUUGGUGACACCUCAGUCUUGGUCCUGCCAUAGCUAGAGGUCAGGAACCCUCACUGCCCAGAUGACACCACCAAGUUCUUCUCUGCCUGCAAAGCCUGGAACCAGGGCUCCUCCCUCUGCACUCCCAGACCUAGCUCUGAGUCAAGGGGGCCUGGCAUGCAUGACCCCACUGGGUAACUCCAGGGAACAAGUGUCUGUACCUGUGGACAGCUGAGCACAGACUCAGAAUGGUGGUGGCUCUUGAACCCCAGCCCCCUGGACUGGCACAGGGCCCUCUCCCAUCCCAUGACUGGCCAGACUUGAGGAAGGAGACUUAAAGGACCUUACAGAUUUGGUAAAUGUUGGGUUAUUUUGAGAAACUGGGGCCACCAAGGUCUGAGAAGGGUUUGAUUCUUUGUACUCCAUCCAAUACAAUAAUAAAUUAUUUGUGUCUCUUUUGGUU